CGGAGGAGGAGGAGGAGGAGGAGGGCGGCUGCGGGUAGCCGGACUGCGCGCGCGGUGCUGGCGGCGGCGAGGAGCGCGGCACGGAGGGGCGCGCUCCAGUUCCCAACUCGGAGCCCCGACUUUGUAGAUGGGGCUGCUCGGCGGCGCCUGCGGCUGAGCCAGAGCGGCGGCGGCGGGCGUAGGGGAGCGGCGGGGGCGCCGAGGCGGCUGAGGUGCGAGUCGAUGUUGCUGUGACUUGGGUGUUGGAAUUCUUUGGUGGCCUUGACAGGGAGGAGGAGAGCAGUGGACCAUCACUGAAUGACUUGGGGGAGUGGGAGAGGAAUUGCUGAGAGAGAGAGUUCCGUGCUGUCCCUCUGCCUCUGCCCCCACCAUCCUGGCCUUUCUGCCAAAAAGCUGUUGUCUAGCUCUGCCUCGAGACUGCAUCUUGAGGACUGUGCCUUUUCCUGAUGGAGGGGAGGUUCUCAGCCCGACUACCAUCCACCCGCCUCGAGCCAUCAGAUCGACAGCCCACGUAUUUCUCAGCGGCAAUGCAGCAAGUGUUGGAUAAUCUUACGGAGCUGCCCUCAUCAACAGGAGCAGAAGAAAUCGACUUGAUUUUCCUCAAGGGAAUUAUGGAGAAUCCUAUUGUAAAGUCACUUGCUAAGGCUCAUGAGAGGCUAGAAGAUUCAAAACUAGAAGCUGUCAGUGACAAUAACUUGGAAUUAGUUAAUGAAAUUCUUGAAGAUAUCACUCCGCUAAUGAAUGUGGAUGAAAAUGUGGCAGAACUGGUUGGCAUACUCAAGGAGCCUCACUUUCAGUCACUCCUGGAAGCCCAUGACAUUGUGGCAUCAAAGUGUUAUGAUUCACCCCCCUCAAGCCCAGAAAUAAAUAACGCUUCUAUCAACAAUCAGUUAUUACCUGUAGAUGCUAUUCGUAUUCUUGGUAUUCACAAAAGAGCUGGAGAACCAUUGGGUGUGACAUUCAGGGUUGAAAAUAAUGAUCUGGUAAUUGCUAGAAUUCUUCAUGGAGGAAUGAUAGAUCGACAAGGUCUGCUUCAUGUGGGAGAUAUCAUCAAAGAAGUCAAUGGCCAUGAGGUCGGAAAUAAUCCAAAGGAAUUACAAGAAUUACUGAAAAAUAUUAGUGGAAGUGUCACCCUAAAAAUUUUACCAAGCUAUAGAGAUACCAUUAUUCCACAACAGAGUUGCGUCAAAAUGGAGAGGCAUCCAGCACACGUCCGUCAGGUGUUUGUGAAAUGUCAUUUUGAUUAUAAUCCAUACAAUGAUAACCUGAUACCCUGCAAAGAAGCAGGAUUGAAGUUUUCCAAAGGAGAAAUUCUUCAGAUUGUAAACAGAGAAGACCCAAACUGGUGGCAGGCUAGCCAUGUGAAAGAGGGAGGAAGUGCUGGUCUCAUUCCAAGCCAGUUCCUGGAAGAGAAGAGAAAGGCAUUUGUUAGAAGAGACUGGGACAAUUCAGGGCCUUUUUGUGGAACCAUAAGUAGCAAAAAAAAGAAAAAGAUGAUGUAUCUCACAACCAGAAAUGCAGAAUUUGAUCGUCAUGAAAUCCAGAUAUAUGAGGAGGUAGCCAAAAUGCCUCCCUUCCAGAGAAAGACAUUAGUAUUAAUAGGAGCUCAAGGUGUGGGCCGAAGAAGCUUGAAAAACAGGUUCAUAGUAUUGAAUCCUACUCGAUUUGGAACCACAGUACCAUUUACUUCACGGAAACCAAGGGAAGAUGAGAAAGAUGGUCAGGCCUACAAGUUUGUGUCACGAUCUGAGAUGGAAGCCGACAUUAAAGCUGGAAAAUAUUUGGAACAUGGGGAAUAUGAAGGAAAUCUCUAUGGAACAAAGAUCGAUUCUAUUCUUGAAGUUGUCCAAACCGGAAGAACGUGCAUUUUGGAUGUCAACCCCCAAGCCCUGAAAGUGCUGAGGACAUCUGAGUUCAUGCCCUAUGUCGUGUUUAUUGCUGCCCCGGAGCUGGAGACGUUGCGUGCCAUGCACAAGGCUGUGGUGGAUGCCGGUAUCACUACCAAGCUUCUGACGGACUCUGACUUGAAGAAAACAGUGGAUGAAAGUGCACGGAUUCAGAGAGCAUACAACCAUUAUUUCGAUUUGAUCAUCAUAAACGACAAUCUAGACAAAGCCUUUGAGAAACUACAAACUGCCAUAGAGAAACUGAGACUGGAGCCACAGUGGGUCCCCAUCAGCUGGGUUUACUGAUGAGUCAAUAAGGUUGACAAUUAAAAUAAAACUUUCACAAGGUGACUGCAACAAAUUAGCCUUCUACUAAGAAAAAUACAUGCACAGAUAGAAGAAAUUUGCCAAGUUCAGGCAUUUUUAUUGUGUAGAUUGAAAUACCAGUACACUCUUUUGAAUUUUUAUAUAAAAUGUGAUUGGGAAGGUGUACUCUAAUAUAUAAUUUAUCUUAAUUUUUCUAACUUUUUAUGGAUAAUCUUUCUAUUCAUAUCACAUAAAAGAAAUGCGUUGAAGCAUUUUGUAUAUGUUUUGAUUUAGUACACUUGCUUUUUUCAUCAAAGGAACUUUCAAAUCAUUCACUCUGGUGUUGGUCUCACAUUUUCACUGUGAUAAUGAAUACUUGAAAUAGUUUUGUAAAGCUGUUAUUUAGUUCCGUAUUUAAUGAAGGAAGUUACUCUUAUUAGGAGAAAAUAGCUAUUGGCCUUCUUUCCUAAUAUAUUUUCUUACAGAAGCAGAAUUUUAAUGUCAGUGCUGUAGUUAGCCUACUACCACCCAGAUCUGACAUCUGAAGUCUGCUCAGUGCUAUGUGGUUUCAUUCAUUCAGAGAUGUGUGGCUCUCCAUUCUAAUUUGUACAGAUAUAUUGGGUUUUCCCUUUGCUUUCUAUCUUGAGUUAAAAAAAAAAAAAGUGAAGAGCAAUAUCUUGCACUCUCUCAUUCAUUGCAGUGACAGGUUGAUGUUAAGUUAAUGUCUGCAGAGCAAAUAAGGCCAUGCCAGCUGAGGGAGUGCCUUAACCUAUAAAAUUUUGCAGCAAAGUGGCACUUCAAAGUUAAUUUAUUUUCACUUGUAAAAAUUUAACUGACAAAAUGAACCUUCUACUCUAGAUAGAUGAGUUUGGGUUUUUUGGGGGGCCUUUUUGUUUGUUUUUAAUUAGGACGAUAGUCAACAACUGUAUCAUGCCUUUGCAAAUUUCUCUUUUGAAGAAAAUCACAAAUGCCUCAGAGCGUACAUUGCACUUAGGAUUUUUGUGAACUGUCAUUAUGCUUUUGGAAGAACAAUAUGGUCUUAUCUGUAUUUUACAUUUCUGUUAGGAUAUGCAUUUUGUUUAAUGAUUGGGAAACAGUUCUUCUCUUUCAGGUGUAUUAAUAUAUACAGAUACCAAAUCUCAGUUGGGUUAAUACCUUCCUUUGGGAUUCUUGGAUAGUAUAAAUUAUCCCUAAAAAAUAAUCUAUAAUGCUGCUCAUCAUUAUGGCCACAUUUUAUAUUGUUGCUAGAUUUUCACAUCCGCAUUAUUUACACCAAAGUAUUAAGUGCUUACAUGCUGGUGAUCGUCUUUGGCUGUAGCACCAGCCAACUACUUGCUGAAUUUUAUUUCCUCUCACCAAUAUGGUUACCUAAAAUUAAGAACUAAUACACAGUGUUUCAUUCCUUUUCACAAUGAAACAAAAUUCCCAAGUGACUUUGUUAAGAUUGGAAAUCUAUGGGUUUAAUUUUAAUUCCAGAAUUUCAUAUAGAGAACACAAAUUUGUGUUACUUAUCCUAGAACAGGAAAUUGGUAACAAAAUAGAUCAUAUGCUUUAUAAGUCUUGGUGGCUUUUAAACCACAUAUGUUUAGACCAAACUCUUGACUUCUCAAAGUAACACCCAUCAAACAAGAGUGUCAAGAUGAUGUCAUAUCCUGGUGUUUAAAUUCACAGUAAAAUUUUAAGAAAAUUUUAUUUACACACUCUCAGGAGUUGUACUGAGUGCUGCAGUGUGCUUCCAGCUGCUGUGUGGAGUCUCUGAACAGCUUUGGAUUGUUAGAGCAGCACACAAGUUUAUCCACAAACCAGUUCAGCCAUCUUGACAAGAGGAGAGAGAUUUUCAGCCUUAUUGUAUGGUGUCAUGUUCCUUAGGAAAUAGUCUACAAAGUAUUCAUGUACACACUAGAUUCAUUCUAAUAUAACAUAAAAUUAAUGUAGUUCAGUUAUUUUCUGUCUAAUGCCAGAACCGAAGAGAAUCUGUAGAAAAUAGUUCAAUGUGUCUCAGUCAAGAACCAUUGAACUUGAUAGGGGAUCGAGAGAUAAGACAGAAGUGAAGUUAUUUGCAUUGCAUAAGACAAAUCCCAGUUCCAUUUAAAGCCCCAUCUGGUCCUCCAGCAUUAUCAGUAGCCCCAGAGCACUGCUGGGUGUGACUCUAAUCCUUCCUGCCCCCCCACAAGAAAAGGGGGAAAAUAGUCACUGAACUUGGAGUCCCAUUUACAUCUGCAGGAGCCAGCAAGCUCUGUUGGGGCAAGGAGUCUCCCAAGGCACUGAGAGAAUAUUUGUAAUCAAGGACAUGAGAUCUUCUCUUGUGGGAAUGGUCUAAAUUAGCUUUACCAAAGAAAAUAUGGUUUAAAGUGCUAUUGAGAAACAUUUGAUCUUAAGAAGCAUGAGUGCCAAUACAUUACUGUACCUGAGGACUCCUUGUGGAUAGGUGAGUAUACAUAGUCGGCAUUUAAUGCAUGGGUGUAUACAGUUGAGUAUUACAUUCAGCAUUUUAUUCAUAUUUGGUGCCCACUGGAUAAGAUAGUUAACCAUAAAUGAUAGAAUGUAUAUGAUAUACUAGAAUUUCAUUUCAUUAAUCAUGCCUUGAUUAUGCUGUCUCAAUUUGUUUUAAUUCUUUGACCCAUUUUUAACUAUAUGAUUGCUGAACAUAGAUUUCUAAAACAAAUCAUCAUAAACCCAAUGACUACAGCAGUAGUAUCUUGGAGCUAGAUUCUAGAAGCAAUUAAAUUUAUUGAUUAUAGUUAUAUUUUUAAAGGAAUUUAAAGAUUUUUUAAUUUUGAAAUUCUUUAAAGAAAAAUUGGUUAACAUAAAUUUAAAAAACAAUGCAGAUAGCAGUAAAUUAUAAUUAAUAUGGCUUCAUAAGAUGCAAGAUACUAACUGCUUUAAAAGUACACAAUUCCAUUAACAGAGAAAACUGCUUUAAAAACUCAUUAAAUUGGUAGCUAUUAUAUAGAUAUACAACCCAUGUCAUGAUUGGAGUUGAUUUUUAAGAUAGUUAUGGAGUUUAAGUGUAAUUAUUAUAAAUUGGUAAACAAUGAAGAUUAAAGUUUUAAAAAAUGGUUCAGAAUAAUAAUAUACUAACAUUAUACUUUUACAAGUUCUGAGACAACACUACUUUCCGGAAAUCACAGACAUUAUUGCCAAUAAUUUUAUAGCAAUGAAUCUUUAUAAUGAAUAGGAUAAAAAGCAAUCCUGAAGUUUUAUGUAUAUAGGUAGGUCAUUUUUUUUAAAUGUUUGAGUCACCAAAUGUGUGUAUGUGUGUACAUAUGUAAGAUUUUCCCAGAAUACAUGAAUAAUAAAACUAAAUAUAUUCAUUCAUGCAAUUAUAACUAGUUUUCUUAACUUCUCAA